AUGAAAAUCCCCAUCUCCCCAGCCCGCGCCUCAACCCUCACAGCAAACCUAACCUCGAUUCAAAAACGUAUAACCACCGCCUCAACAUCCACAUCCACUUCCAGCCCCAACUCGCAUCCCCCACGCCUCGUCGCCGUCUCGAAACUAAAACCCGCCAGCGACAUCCUCGCGCUCCACCAACCACCUGUCUCACAACAACAUUUCGGAGAAAAUUACGUGCAAGAACUGCUGGAAAAAGCGCGCCUUCUACCACAAACCGUGCGCUGGCACUUCAUUGGCGGGCUGCAGAGCAACAAAGCGGCGCAGCUAGCGCGCGAGGUCGAGAGCCUAUGGGCCGUCGAGAGCGUGGACACGGUCAAGAAAGCGGGCCUGCUGGAGCGGGGGAGGAAGGAGCGGGACGAGCGGUUAACCGAGACCGAAGGAGGAGGAGGAGGAGAACCGCUCCGGGUGUUCGUGCAGGUUAACACGUCGGGCGAGGACUCGAAAUCGGGGGUCGAGCCCAAGUCGGACACGCUGCGGGAGUUGGGAAAGUAUAUCCGCGACGAGUGCCCGCAUCUGCGGCUGCAGGGCCUGAUGACGAUCGGCGCGAUAGCCAGGUCGAAGGCGACGACGGCGGAGACGGAGAACGAGGAUUUCAUCAGUCUGAGGGAGAAUAGAGAUUGGUUGGCCGCGGAGCUGGGUUCUAAGCCGGAGGACUUGGAAUUGAGUAUGGGCAUGAGUGAGGAUUUCGAGGGCGCGAUACGGCAGGGCAGUAACGAGGUCAGAGUCGGGAGUACGAUCUUCGGUGAACGGCCGCCGAAGAAGGACGCGAAGGUGCUGGAGGAUACGGAAGGAGAGAAGAAAUGA